AUGGCGGCCAGAGAAAAGAGAGAAUCUACAGCGCCAAAACAGUAUGUGGACGAGGUUUGUUGGAAAUGUCAUCCCAAAAGAUAAAAACAGCAAAAACCAAUCUUAAACUUUAUUGUGGUUGUGACAGACAUGGACAAAAUUGAAAAGCGAGUGAAAAUUCGCUAUGUGGAAUAUAGCAAACGGUCAUCGAGUGGUGGCCAUGUGAUAAUGAGGAUAGCAACCCUCCUUUUCAGUGGGUGGAAUCUCUUCGUAUUCCUUCUAGUACUUCUCUUGAGGACCCCAUGGAAUUAGUCCAUGGAGAACUGUAUCGUGAAAUAAAAAGAAAAUUGUAUUCUGGCCAAAAGGAUGAUCCAGCAACCCGUGUUGAAAUUCGAAUUGAUCAGGAUGUGUUUGAUGAAGGACUGGCAUUAGCAGGGAAGCCAAGUAAAGAAAGAGGGAAGACUGUCUAUCGAAUCGACUCCAAUGAGGCUUUAAACCAUUCGCUGGGAAUCAAAUGGGAUGAACGCAUUUUCAAUGAAAAUGGUGAUUUUGCAUUUGUCAUUGAGAAAACUGUGCGUUUCUGGUUGUCUAGAAAGACUGCCAUCCAAGAAUUU